AUGGAUAUUCUGAAACAAGUACGAAGGACGAUUGUCGAAAGCUUUCAUGAAAUAUCGGUUCAUGGAUUUAUAUUCUUAGUGAAGCGUGGCAAUAACAUCUUAGAGCGAUUAAUCUGGUUGGUAUGCAUAAUUGUGGGUUUUUAUGGAAUUAUUGAAUUAGGAUCUGAUACAUGGCAUCGUUAUCAGACAUCACCCACUGUCAUAACAAUGGAUCGAUCAAAAUUUGCGUGGAAUACAUCAUUUCCUAGUCGUACGAUGAAUAAAAUGACUGUUUGUUCGGAUAAAAAAAUCGAUGAUGAUAAGCUUGAGGACUAUUUGAAAGCGAAUCCAUUAAAAUUUCCAACAGACGAUUCAAAGGAAAAUGCAAGAAAUUUCAUUAAAAAUCUAUCGUUGAUUUCGUAUGAGACAAUGAGUGACUUCCCAUUGGGAAUUGAAGGGAAUAUUAAACCUGAUGAAUAUUUAAAAUUAAUGAGUGAUUUGAAAUGGGAAUUUCAUCCUGAAAUAUCAUCCGGAACGUCGAAUAAAUUAAUAUUGCAGAGAAUAAUUACAGAACGUGGAAUUUGUGAUGCAGUCAAUACUAAAACUGCAUAUUACAAUUCCUAUGACUAUUGGAAAGACAAUAGAUGGGAUUUGGUGGAACCUAACAUCACUGUUGUUGUUCAUCCACUAGAAUUAAAACCAUCACAGCGAAAUUGCCGUUUGGAUAAUGAAAGCGAAGAGUUGUUGACAAGUGCAAUCUACAGCUUUAAUUUGUGUCGUAGCCAGUGUCGCUUUAAAAUGGCACUGAAAGAAUGCAAAUGUAUUCCAUGGUUCUACCGAUCCCUUGAUAAAAAUGGAAGGAGAUACCCGAUAUGCAGACCUGAAGGCAUGAGAUGUAUCGGCAAAAUGAAAGAUGAGAUUAUUACGCUGAAGUCCAGCAAGAAGAAAAUUGAAUGCGACUGUAUGGCCAAUUGCGACAACUCAAAUUUCUUUACGCAAUCAAUUAGGUCUCGUGUGUGGUUUUUGGGAGCUAAUCUACAAUGGGGAAUCAUUGACUAUCCGAAACUUCAACUCAAACGUGAACUUAUUUUUGGUCUGUCUGAUGUUUUGGGUAUGAAAAAUAUUAUCAUAAAUGCUAAUAUAUGUAAAUAUCCUUUAAUGUUUUGA